CCCGCAGGCAGCCGGGAGGGGGCGGCGGGGCCGGUGUCGGGCCGGAGCGGCGGAACAGGCAUGCCGUCCCCACCCCCUCUCCCCGGCGGAGUCAGCAGAGAAUAGGCUGAGGAGGGGAGCUGCGCGCACGGCAUCCUCCGCAUUGUGCGAGCCUGCACGGGCACGGCGCGGCGGCGGGGCGCCCGCACGCCUCCCCCGGUGUUAUUUUAGCUGCUGUAUUUAGCCGGGAGACACGAGGAAUGCUUUUGUGCGCCGCUGCGGGCCGAGCAGCGAGUAACGGGCAGGGCUAGCGGCUGCCGGGGCUGCGACUGCGGGGCAGGUUGGGCGCCGCGGCUUUCCGCAGCCCUCCCGGCGAGGGCGGCUGGGCGCGAUGCCGAAUUAGGCGCUCGGCGCCCUUGGGAGAGCGGGGGCCGGCGUAGCAGCCCGCAGCGGAGCUGGGAGGAGGGCGGGCGGGCGCGCAGCACCCCAUGGCGAGCAGCCGGAGCAUCGAGCUGGAGCACUUCGAGGAGCGGGACAAGAGGCAGCCGCGCGCCGGGCCGCGCCGCGGCGGCCCGGGCUCCGGCGGCGGCGCCGGGGCGCCGCGGGGCAACGGGCUGAUCCCGAGCCCGGCGCACAGCGCCCACUGCAGCCUCUACCGGACGCGGACCCUGCAGGCGCUCAGCUCGGAGAAGAAAGCCCGGAAAGCCCGCUUCUACCGCAACGGCGACAGGUACUUCAAGGGCUUGGUGUACGCCAUCUCCACUGACCGCUUCCGCUCCUUCGACGCCCUCCUCGCCGAGCUCACCCGCUCCCUGUCGGACAACGUGAACUUGCCCCAGGGUGUCCGCACCAUCUACACCAUCGAUGGCAGCAAGAAGCUCACCAGCCUGGACGAGCUGGUGGAAGGUGAAAGCUAUGUAUGUGCAUCCAAUGAACCAUAUCGCAAAGUUGAUUAUACCAAGAAUGUCAAUCCAAACUGGUGUGUGAACAUAAGGACUGGGUCCACUCGAUCUUUAACAUCUUUGACAUCUACAAAGAGUGAAGUGAAGGAAAGUAAAGAUUUCAUUAAGCCCAAAUUAGUGACUGUUAUUAGAAGUGGAGUGAAGCCCCGGAAAGCUGUGAGAAUUCUGCUGAAUAAGAAGACUGCUCAUUCCUUUGAGCAGGUCUUGACUGACAUCACAGAAGCCAUUAAGUUAGAUUCCGGCGUAGUGAAGAGACUUUGUACACUGGAUGGAAAGCAGGUGACAUGCUUGCAGGACUUUUUCGGAGAUGAUGAUGUCUUCAUUGCGUGUGGACCUGAGAAGUACCGGUAUGCUCAGGAUGACUUCGUAUUGGAUCAUAGCGAAUGCCGUAUUAUGAAGUCAUCUUAUUCCCGAUCGUCUGGCUUAAAGCAUUCUGGAUCCAAAAGUCCGGGACCUUCACGUCGAAGCAAAUCACCUGCCUCAGUAAAGAGGGGUGGCCACUACUCCAGUGCUUAUUCUACUGCAAAAUCCCCAGUUAAUGGAACACCAAGCAGUCAGUUAUCCACUCCAAAAUCUACCAAGUCCUCCAGUUCUUCACCAACCAGCCCAGGCAGCUUUCGUGGACUCAAGCUCCCUCCACAUGGUGGAUCAUCUUCCAAUGUGAAUGGUGUACCUGAAUCACUACAUCCGCAGAGUCCUGAAGGUGUGAAUGGAAACAAGUGCUUGGGGUCAUCUACCAUUCUCGAGAAGUACAAAGUGGGAAAGGUGAUUGGUGAUGGCAAUUUUGCUGUAGUAAAGGAAUGCAUAGAACGAUCCACAGGAAAGGAGUUUGCGCUGAAGAUCAUAGACAAGGCUAAAUGCUGUGGAAAGGAACACCUGAUUGAAAAUGAAGUAUCUAUUCUGCGUCGAGUGAAGCAUCCAAAUAUCAUUAUGCUGAUAGAGGAAAUGGACACCCCAGCAGAACUCUACCUGGUGAUGGAGCUGGUCAAGGGAGGAGAUCUAUUUGAUGCUAUCACUUCUUCUACAAAAUAUACAGAGCGAGAUGGGAGUGCAAUGGUCUACAAUCUGGCCAGUGCGCUAAAAUACCUUCACAGCCUUAACAUUGUGCACAGAGACAUCAAGCCAGAAAAUCUCCUGGUAUGUGAAUAUCCAGAUGGAACCAAAUCUUUGAAGCUUGGAGACUUUGGACUUGCAACUGUGGUUGAAGGACCUUUAUAUACUGUCUGUGGUACACCCACAUAUGUGGCUCCAGAGAUCAUCGCGGAGACUGGAUACGGCUUAAAGGUGGAUAUUUGGGCUGCAGGUGUGAUCACAUACAUACUGCUGUGUGGUUUUCCACCCUUUCGCAGUGAAAACAACCUUCAGGAAGACCUCUUUGAUCAAAUACUUGUUGGGAAGCUGGAAUUUCCUUCUCCAUACUGGGAUAAUAUCACUGAUUCGGCAAAGGAGUUAAUUAGCCUGAUGCUACAUGUGAAUGCUGAAGCCCGAUACACAGCAGCCCAGAUACUAAGCCAUCCCUGGGUGUCAGAUGAUGCAUCCCAGGAGAAUAAUAUGCAAGCUGAAGUAACAGGUAAACUGAAGCAGCACUUUAACAGUACCCUGCCCAAGCAAAACACCACAUCUGCUGGAGUUUCUGUCAUCAUGAACACAGCUCUAGAUAAAGAGAGUCAAAUUUUCUGCAGCAAGCGCUGUCAGGACUCUGGUAGAGCUGGACUGGAGCAAACCUCUGCAAUUGCUGCUGCAGCCGAUGAUCCCCGCGCGGCUGGGGCCCAGGCCCUCACCCCUGCCGCUGCCGCACCAGGCAGCUCCCCCGCACUCCCUGCCCCAGCAUGUCCCGAGUUUGCUGGGGCUCAGCCUGAUGUGUAGGACUGACCAAACCAAAUCCAACUGAAGCUCCCUGCGCUGUCCUCACAGUUUCUCUUACUUCGCAACAGUUUGUUUUCAGUUUGCUUGCACCCUCUUGUGGCGAGGCCAAGGCAGGCUGUCAUGAACUUGUAGUAGUGGGCGAGUGAACCUGUGUUUAAGUAAGUGCUCUUUGCCCCUGUCUAGAGAACAGCAGUAGGGGAAAGAUUCUGGUAUUUUUAGAUGAUGACUUUUUUUUUUCAAAGUUAUCUGUGUUAGUUUAAUUUCCUGCAUUUCACACAGCCUUGGGCUCUAAGUAGACUAACUUACUGUGUAGCUAACCAUAUUUUUCUAGAAGUAUUUGAGAAUGGGGAGCUGUUACCAGGCCUCACUUCCGCAAACAGACCCUGUUGCGCUCUUCUGAUGAGGAUGCUCAGAAAAGCAGGAGAGGAAGACAAGGGAAAGUAACUUGCAUUCACCUGCUGUUCCAAUGCCUCUAUUUUCAGUCAAGUUUCUACUGAACCUGAGGAGGCAACUUCUCAUGAAGAAUCUUCUUAGUGGACUAACUGUAAAAUAUCAUGGGACAAGCACUGGAGAUAGAGGGAGGGAUAAUCCUUUUUGUAUCAUCAAGUUUGUUAUCAGAAUUGUAGGCUGCAGGGUAGCAUAGAUAAUACGAAUUUAAAUAAAUUGACUUCGGAUGUAAACAUGAACACUGGAUACUUACUUGUAAAGCGGACUGCGGUCAGGGAAGCCUUUUUUGUUCUAGUCCUUUUCUUCCUUCCCACAAGUCCCAUCCACACCUUUCUCCGGAGCCAGACUACCUACUGGAUAAGCUACUAUGGAAAGGCUGCUGCAGGUUAUCUAACCUAGGAUGGAUGGAGCAAUUCCUUAGUUCUAGGGUGAGCUGACGGAGGAGCUACUACAACUAGCCACCAUCAGCAGCUCUCCAAGGUCUGUCAGUGCUAUCCCCUAUUCACCUGGUGCAGGCACUGGAAACAAGGAUUGGGGAAGAGUUACCUUAAUCUGUAGUAAAGGAUAGGUGAGGUUUUUAUCAUAUUGCUUAGUUCAAUAUUGUAUGUAUUCAGCUUACUCAUCCUUUGCUCAUUCUUACAAAUUUGUCAUAGUUCAUUGUCUUUCUUAGGUAUACUUUCUACUAGAAUUGUAAAAGAAA